CUAUGCUACAUCACGAUACCUUAUACUGGCUAAGAAGUGCUACUGAAGUAAUGGCAUUGCUUCAAGCCACAAAUCAGCAGAACAUCACCAACUCUCUCUCUGAUCUUCAGGACAUCAGAAUGGCCCCGCCUACGCUCUACAGCAACGCGCUGAGCACUCCUAGUCGCUUCGUCCGCCUUAUAGCCAAUAUUAUUGGAGUGGAGCUGAAAAUAGUGAAUAUAAAAGAAAUUACUAAAGAAAUGCGAACACCGGAAAUGCUCGAGAAAUUCCCGCAGCACAAAAUCCCAGCGCUGGAAGACAAUGGUUUAUUCAUUUCUGAAAGCCGUGCUAUUGCCAUGUACCUCGUCUCGAAGUAUGGAAAGGAUGACUCUCUCUACCCGAAAGACCUCAACAAACGUGUCCUAGUUGAUCAGAGGCUAUUUUUCGAUGUGGACCUAUACUCUAAAAUUACGCAAGUUUUCGUGCCAAAGUUUCAUGGAAAGCAGAUAGAACCUAAUGACAUUGACAAAGCAAAGGAAGGUUUGGAGACCUUGGACCGAAUGCUUGACGGCAAACAGUGGCUGGCGGGGGACAAUGUUACCAUUGUCGAUUACAGUAUUGCUAACUGUCUAUUAUCGCUAGAGCUAAAUCCAGAAUCAGGAGUUGAUCCGAAGACGUACCCUAACAUCAAGCAGUGGCUUUCACGAGUCGAGACUUCUAACCCAAAAUAUGUGGAGCACCUCAGAGAAUUCCGUGAGAAUGUGAAGCAGUUACUGCAGCGGAGGAAUACAUAAAUACAAACAAAAGUUGGAAAUGUACCACAUA